UUCCUGUGACGCUAAGGCGUCACAUCCACGUUUUACAACAACAAAGGAUUGUUAAUAAAUGUAGUUUCCAAAUUCCUUCAUGAUUAAUAACCACAGUCGUUCCAGAGUUCAAUGUCUUGCUCACGUAUUUGCAACUUAACAAAUGCAGUUACGUCGGGAGUGAACGAAACGGACAAAAAUUGCAAAACUAUAAGAGGCUGAACAUCUCCUUUCCAGAUAUUAAAAUGAUUCGCAUUGCAGCACUAAAUGCUGCCUCUACAGCUGCAGAUGAGUCUCAAGAUCCCUUGAAAAGCAGCAAGAGUCAGACAAAAGAAGCUCAAGAAGCUGAGGCCUUUGCUUUAUACCACAAAGCUUUGGAUCUGCAAAAACAUGACAAGUUUGAACAGUCUGCAAAGGCCUAUCAUGAGCUUCUCACUACUCCACUGCUCAAAGAGGCCUUGCCUUCAGAUAAUCAGAGAGUGGGUCUUAAGCAUCCUGGGCUGAUGUUGAAAUAUUCAACAUUUAAAAACUUGGCGAGCAUGGCUGCAUCUCGGGACGACCUACAGAAUGCUAUGGAGUUUUAUCUGGAGGCCGUUAUGUUGGAUUCCACUGAUGUGAACAUGUGGUACAAAAUUGGUCAGGUGGCUGUGCGACUGGUACGCAUCCCUCUUGCUCGUCAUGCUUUUGAGGAGGGAUUACACUGUAACCCAGACCACUGGCCCUGUCUGGACAACCUCAUAACUAUUCUCUACACUCUAAGUGACUACACCUGCUGUUUGUACUUCAUUGCUAAAGCUUUGGAGAAGGAUCAUUGCUACACUAAAGGUCUGGUGCUGAAGGAAAAAAUCUUUCAGGAGCAGCCAUGUUUGAAGAGGGAUACGAUGCAGAUGUUCAUGAAAUGCGAUAUGUCAAUUCACUAUGUGGAAGUGGAGGAAGAGGAGCGCAGAUCCAUUGUGGAGGAGGCACUAGAGAUAAGGAGGCGCAGGCAGGCUAUUUCUCACUGUGAACCAAAACCUGACCUUGUCCUGAUUCAGCCCAUCCGCUGCCUCUCAUGGAAACAUGUUGGUGAGAGCUUUCUGGCAAUGUACAAACAUCAGACCACGUGUGAGCCACCACGCCCAAGUCUUGGCCGCAGAAUUGACCUGUCAGAGUACCGCGACCCAAGCUUCAUCCAGAAUCUCCCCCAUCCAAGCAGUCCUGUCAGUAUGGGCCAAACCACUGUGUUGAGCAGCAGCCCCAGUUCUUCCUUGCCACCACUAGCCUUUUCUGAGCCAGUAGUUCUGUCCCAGUCUGGCUCUCAACCUCAAAUUACACCAAGCCAGACUGUAGUGGAGGUCAAUACUUCUGCUCCCCCUGCUGUUACAGGAAUGGACAUUUCUCUCACAGAUAAAGCGAAGAAAGCCCCAAAAAGGAAACGUACAGUAGAAGAUAGUGGGGAGACAGCCAAGCGUCGAUCUGCACGUGUUCGAAACACAAAAUGCAAGAAGGAGGAGAAGAUUGAUUUUCAGGAACUUCUUUUUAAAUACCUACCUUCUAGGCUAAAGAAGUUUGAUCCUGAUAAUGAUGAUGAGAGUCUAAGUAAUCUUGAGACACAGUGUGAUGGGAAGGAGGAUAUUCAGCCUCUACAUGGGAGUUGCUUGCCUGUUGACUCAGUUGAAUACAUGGAAUCUGAGCAACAGGAUGUCCACAACUUCCUCCUCAAUAAUAUGACCAAUGGUGGCAUACUGGAUCUGAUGAUGCGCUAUCUGAAGGCAGUGGGUCAGAAGUUCAUGAAGGAGUGGCCACGGGGACUGACUAUUGUGGUGCUAGAGGUCUAUCAGACCUGGAGGAAGCACAGCAGUGGCCUGCCCAACCCUAUGCUUCGGGACUGCAGCAACCAACACAUCCAGGAGAUGUUGGCAAUGAGCUUGGCCUGUAUGGAGUUGCAGUUGGAGCAAUGGUUACACAGCAAAGGGAAGAUUGUUACUCCAAGAAGAAGCUGUGGUGGUCCCAGCAAGGAUGCAACUGACUCAGAAUUCCCAGGGCAGCACUUCCAGGGUGAUUUGUUACUCCUUGCCCUUGGUUCUUCCCAAAAGGAUCUGUUUGAAGAUGACUGGCUAGAUGUCAUGGUGCGUGUCUAUUGGCUAAAGGCACGAUUCUUGGCCCUCCAGGGAGACAUGGAAUUGGCCCUUGAGAGCUAUGAUGUAUGUAUAGGCCUGUUGCAGAGCAAACCAAAGACUGCAGAUGGAAAACAUUACACAAUCAAUCUGCCCAACCUAUGUGUUGAUGCAGCCAUAUCUGUGGAGGAGAUUGACAAGAGGCUGAAAUCUCUGGAGCGCUGUCAGUCUUUAGAAGAGAUCCAGCGUCUCUUUGAGUCUGCAGACUUUGAGUCUGUUGUGCACCUGCUGCAGCCCACCCUUAAUUAUGGAAACAGGAGCAAAACUCUGGAGUUUGUGAGCUCAGCACCAGAGCGUCCUGCACAGCUGAUGCUGCUACAGAACUCGCUUUUAAAGCUGCAGGACUACCAGCAGUGUUUGGAGUGCAGCGAGCUGGCUUUACAUGAAGCCCUGCAGCAGCUUAACUCUGCUCCAACCGGUUCACCCCCAAGCAAGGAGGAGUGGGUCAGCACCAUUGGAAAGUUGCUAGAUGGCAUUGAAGUCUGCUUCACCAAAGAGUCUGAGCUGCUAAGCAAUGUCCCUCACUUCUCUUGUAUGGCCCGACUGGCAAACAAUCUAAUUCAGCUGAUUGACCUUAGCAUGACCAUUUCUGAUGAUCCCAAGGAGCCUUAUUUCUUCUCAGUUCUGCCCUGGAUUAUUCUGUAUCGCAUCAUCAAACACGAGGAGACUGCAUUUGACUGUAUGCUCAGACAGCAUAUGUCUUUGGAUGAUGAUGAAGAUGAGGCAGACACCCCCAUGUUGCCCUCCUCUCUGAUGCUUUUGAACACAGCUCAUGAAUACCUUGGCCGCCGCUCCUUGUGCUGCAGCUCAGAUGGUGCACUCCUCAAGUUUUUUGUUCAAGUUUUGGAAAAAGCGUUUGCAGCACCUUCCAGCUGUGACUCUCAUCCCUAUAAAGAAGAGUUGGAAAUGGCCUUGGAACAAUGCUUUUUCUGUCUAUAUGCCUACCCCAGCAAGAAGAGCAAGGCCCGUUACCUUGAGGACCACUCAUCUCCACAGGUUGAGCUUCUGUGGAGUGACACCGUCUUUAUGUUCCAAUAUUUCAAACCAAAGUCACUUCCUGAGUUUGACAGCUAUAAGACAAGCACAGUGUCUGCAGAACUGGCCAAUCUCCUGAGGAGGUUUGCCGGCAUUGCCCCCUCAAGUGACGGUCCCAUCCUCACCAUGGAUGAAGUAGCAGCCUACAUUGAGGGCAUGGCGGAAAAGACCCCUUGCCUUCCUGUGGGUAGUGCCCCUGCACCUCCUAUCAUCAACGAAAUCUACUAUCUGCUAGCUGAUUAUCAUUUCAAGAACAAGGAGCAGUCCAAAGCUAUCAAGUUCUAUAUGCAUGACAUAUGUGUCUGUCCCAACAGGUUUGACUCCUGGGCAGGUAUGGCUUUAGCCAGGGCCAGCCGCAUCCAAGAGAAACUAAAUUCCAAUGAGCUGAAAAGUGAUGUACCCAUAUGGAAGCACUCCCAGGCUGUACUUAACUGCUUUAAAAGGGCCCUGGAGAUAGACAUCUCCAACCUUUCUCUGUGGAUUGAAUACGGCACCAUAUCAUAUGCGCUGCAUUCAUUUGCCUCACGACAGCUCAAACAGUGGCAAAGUGAGCUGCCGCCUGAGGUUGUUAAACAGAUGGAAGAAAGGAGAGAUGCCAUGUUGGAGACAGCAUUUCAGUGUUUCCAAGGUGCCUCCCGCUGUGAGGGUGACAGUGAUGAAGAAGAGUGGCUCAUUCAUUACAUGCUGGGAAAGAUAGCAGCGAAGCGCAAAAAUCCUCCUGUGGAAUAUCUGCAGCUUUACAAAAAGGCAGCCCACUUUCUGCAUGAAGAAGCUGCCAGAUACCCCCGGAAAAUCCAUUACCAUAAUCCUCCUGACUUGGCCAUGGAAGCACUGGAGUUGCAUUUUCGUCUGAGCGCCACAAUCCUUAAAUUACUAGAGGCGGAGGUGCCUGAUCUGGACCACGAGCUCCUGUUUACUUUGUUGGUUGAGGCAGCUACAGGGCCAUUUGCCCGGGGGGAAGAAAAGAGUAUGCCGACCAUUCCAAGGUCUCAUGAAAAAGAGAAACCCUCCUUGAUGAUGGACGAAGACUUUAAUUGUUCCUCAGUUUGCAUAGGAAAUGUCCUCAGCUCCUCACUUCCAUCAGUUGCCACUCCAGGUCUGACAUCUCCUCCUUACGUGGCCACGCCAUUUGACCAUGAUUACGCCAAACGCAAAACACUCCGAAGGCAGCAGUGGCAGCAGCAGCGGCAUGAGGAGCAGCAGGCUGAUGCCUCACCAGAGUUUGACCAUGAUUACUGCCUGCCCAGGUCUGCAAUAUGGCUGGCUUCACUCAAUGAGCGCAGUCAGGACAGUGAGGUGGUGUUGCUUUCUGACUCCAACUCCACCCAGGACAUCUUCACUGAUCCAGCCAGCUCUCAAGACAGUAGUCACAAACCUGCCUUUGUCAAAGCUGGUUUAUCGUCGCCAGAAAACACAACCCUUGUGAAAGAUGGACAGCCAACAUCUGAGGAUACAGCUCCACAUAAAGAUCAUACUGGCACUCAGACAGAAGAGAAAAUUAUUCAAGAAGAAGUAGGAUCUGUGGUGCUGGUGGUUCCUGAGAUUUUGGUCCCUAAGGUCUCUGCAGAUCCUUGUCUGCAACCUCUUCCUGUCCCCAUCACUCCUCCGAAGCCAGCUCCCUUUCAGCAGGCCAAUACUCAGAUUCUACCCUGUGAGGGCAAAAAGAAGCCAGAGCCCCCUGCUGAGGUGAUCGAAGUGCCCAAAGCCCUCCCUGCAGAACGAGCAGAUCAGAGACGAAUGCUAGUGGAAAUGUGUGUCCGUGCUCUUUUUCUCUGCCUCAGCCGCUUCCCUCAGCACUACAAGAGUCUUUACCGCCUGGCCUUUUUCUAUACUAACAGUAAGACCCAUCAGAACCUACAGUGGGCCAGAGAUGUGUUGCUAGGAAGCAGUGUCCCAUGGCAACAGCUGAAGCACAUGCCAGCACAAGGACUUUUCUGUGAAAGAAACAAGACAAACCUGUUUAAUGGAAUCUGGCGUAUUCCAGUAGAUGAGAUUGAUCGCCCAGGAAGUUUUGCAUCUCAUAUGAACCGAUCUAUUGUCCUUUUGCUGGAGGUGCUGUCUCAGCUCAAGGAUCACGAUACUCUUCUAAAAGUCUCUUUUAUGCUGCACAGAACCCCUGACCAGGGAAAGAAGUAUUUGCGAGAUGUUGAUCGCCAGGUUUUGGCCAAGAGAGCAUUUUUCCUAACUGUAAAAGUGCUGGAGGACAAUCUGAACAGUCUCACAGGGGUGUCUGAGCAGCUUCACAAAGCGCCUGCGCCCUCCAUGGGGGAGAUGACCACAACAGACAUAUCCAACAGGCCCAGUUCAGAGGACAGCAAACAUGCAAUGCCUAAAAAGCCUGGACUCACAGAGGGAGCCUGUGCUACUGACACUGGCCCCAGGGAAGCUACCCAGACACAACUUACCCCUCUACCACUGUCAGCAGAUAAACGAAGUAAAAUUCAAGAGGGCUUCCCUGGAAAGGUGGAGACUACUGGAAAUGAAGGGCACAAAGCAGGGCCAGAGGAACCCAUGGAGCUGGACACUGGCCACUGGAGGAAGCCCUCUACUACCACAGAUUCUCAGGGCAACCAGGCGGAGGCAGAGACAUCGCUGAGUGGCGGGGAAUCCCAGCAGAAAGUGACUGAAAGCAGCCGGACACCAGAGCUGUCUCUAGAAGAGCUGAGUAUCAGUUCAAGACAGCAGCAGCUUCAAGCCUCAGCACCAAAGGUUACUGUGGCAGCCAGCGGGACUGAUCAGGGGGUGCUACGAAAGCCAAACAGGAAAAGGAAACUUCUUGAGGAUGUGGAGUCCGGAAAAGCUCUCCUGCUUGACGCUUAUAGAGUGUGGCAGCAAGGCCAGAAAAUCAUGACGUACGACCUGGGGCGCAUUGAGAAGAUCAUGUCUGAGACUUACAUGCUCAUGAAACAGGUUGAUGAAGAUGUCGCUCUGGACCAAGCUGUGAAGUUCUGUCAGAUACAGCUGGCCACUUCUGCACAAAGACAGCAGUCUGCAGGCGAUGCCCCGACCACACCAAAGUACACCAAGGAGCACCGAGACAUCUUCUUCCCCACCUCCCUGCCGACGCCCGUCCUGCUCAGCCACUCCACCUGCCACCCGCUGUCCACUCAGGACAGCCAAGCCAAAGCGCUGUACGAGCCCCUGAGCAAGCUGUCCAGACCUCCCACCUCAGGCUUUCUCGAUCAGCUGCAGCCGAGGAGAACAGCCGGCCAGGCUGCUGCAGCCAUGGCCUUCCUACCUCAUACAGAGGAACGGGAGGAGCUCUCGGAGGGACUUUUGUAUCGGCAGCAGGAGUCGCACCUUUGUCAGCAGAUGAAACUCGCCACUGUUUCCCAGGGGCAAGAACCAGCAGCUGGUUGGUUCCAGGAGGAAACUGCAACAUGUAGCACCACACAACCCGGUCCAGACCAACAAGUGUACGCCAGCAGUGAGCUGUCAAAGCUUCCAGACCCCAGCCGAAUCCGCUCCAGAGUCCCAGCAAACAUGCCAAAGCUUUUUAUUCCUUCCACCGUAACCAAGUUCCCACCAGAAAUCACAGUAACACCUCCCACACCCACACUUCUCUCCCCUAAAGGCAGCAUUUCAGAGGAAACCAAACAAAGACUAAAGAACGUUAUCUUAUCGUCCCAGUCUGCUGCCACAGUCAAAAAGGACACUCUGAGCCAGCCGGCGCUGGAGGUGCAAGAGACAUCCAGCCAGGAGUCGUCUCUGGAGAGCGAGUCGGACGAGGAGGACGAUUACAUGGACAUCUGAGUCUCAGAGUGCACGCUGAAACUAAACUCUUGUCACAUUCUGGCCUGACUCUGCCAAACCUUGUUUCUGCUUGUCUUAAAAAAAAGGAAUGAUCGAUCUGCAGCUUUCUGUAUUAAUGCUUUUGUUCACUCAAAAAGAAAAAGAAAAUUUCAAACCGGAAAAUGCAGUAUUCUCAUCAUCUGUCUGGCCACCGUGUUGCUCUGGUUGUCUGCAGUCAUGCUGUAUGACAGACUCUGAACAGCAUGCCUGAAUUGUGCCAUUUUUAUGCAUAUUCCACAUCAGCUUCUUCAGCUCUUUUGCUGUACACUGGAUCUGGGAAAAAAGUGUCAGCCUUUAAAGCCUACCAGCAUCAUGUUUAUGCAUCUUUUGUAUGUUGUUCAUAUGUUGCGUGCUAACUCUAACUCCAAGCUGCAGCUAAAUGCUCGUUUAGAGAGCCUACCCAUCUGAGGUGCCUCAGUGCAGAUCGACACUCAGCAGCAUGCACUUACUGUCCUCCACUUUCAUAGUUUACUCUAGCAUGACAUUUUUUUUCUCUGAGACACAUCACAUGAUGUAUUUCUUUAAAGAGAAAGAUGAUAUGAGGACAGGAUUCGUCUGUGGAGCAAGUGGGUGACAAAGCCCCACAACCUGUAGCAGAUUGGAAAUGUUUACACUUAACAUUUGGGAUGAUUUCAGUUUGCACUUUGUGCUAUUUUUGUACGAACUGUUUUUCUUGUGUAAAUUUUCAUGUGCAUUUGUAGCUAAGAAGAGUGGUUCUUUACAGGAGGACUUCCUGUCACCAGCAUUGAUCUGAACGAUAUAAAGAGGGCCUUUCACUUACUAGAAAUGACUAUUUGUACAUAUUAUCCAGAAAUCUUUCCAGUAUUUUUGGCUUUGAUGGGUUGAGGAGUUGAAUGGAGAAAUGUGUGAACUUUAAGGUGAGGGUCAGCUCAGGAAACGACACCACUUACAGCCACUUGAUGUGAUCUUUCCUGAUUUGAGGAUUUGAAAUGCAUGAUGAUGACUUUCUAAUUGUGAUGCCUUUCAUUGAAAAUAUUUGGGUAAAUUCAUUACAAUUCCUGGGUAUCUCCGAGGAAGACGGCAGAAUGUUUUUUAGAGGUUGUUUUCUACAAGAAGAAAGAUUUACCGAUUAUGUUUUCUUGAAAGCACUUUUAGAAAAAAGGACACAAAUAAAAAAUGUAAACUUAUUACCCUUGAUUUAAAAAAAGAAAAAGUUUUGUAUUUUUGUUUAUUAUAUAUCUUAUUUUUGGGAGGAGAGAUGUGAAGCUUUUUUCAAUCGUUCUGGUGGGCUUCUAGGAAUGUACCACAUCUAAAAAGGUGACCAGGUUAUAGACCCAGACCCCCCUGGAGUGGAACAUGUUCUAUAUGUCUGGACUGAAUGCAUUAUAAAUGUCAAACCAAAAAUAUAUUUCAGAAACAUG